AUGAAACCCAGAAACCAAACAACUGUGUCUGAAUUCCUGCUCCUGGAACUGACAGAGAAUCCAGCAGUGCAGCUGCUUCUCUUCAGCCUCUUCCUGUCCAUGUACCUGGUCACAGUGCUUGGGAACCUUCUAAUCAUCCUGGCCAUCAGGUCUGACCCCAAUCUCCACACUCCCAUGUACUUCUUCCUCUCCAACCUGCCUGUCACAGACAUCUGUAUGAGCACAAGCACAAUCCCAAAGAUGCUGGUGAACAUCCAAGCACAGAAUCGGAGCAUCUCCUACACAGGUUGCCUCUCCCAGGUCUUUUUUCUCAUGGCUUUUCUUGUUCUGGAAAAUUGUCUCCUCACAGCAAUGGCCUAUGACUGCUAUGUGGCCAUUUGUCACCCACUGAUGUACCCCAUCAUCAUGAAUCCUUCCUUCUGUGUCUUGCUAGUUCUGAUUUCUUUGUUCAUUAAUGGUGUAAAUAGCCUGCUCCACGCUCUGAUGGUCCUGAAGCUGUCCUUCUGUACAGACCUGGAGAUACCUGACUUCUUCUGUGAACUUUCUCAAGUCAUUAAAUCUGCCUGUUCUGAUACCUUCAUCAAUAAUAUUUUGAUUUACUUUUCCUCUGUGAUAUUGGGUGGUAGUGCUCUGUUUGUGAUUAUUUUUUCUUAUUCUCUCAUUGUCUGUUCUCUUUUGAGAUUGCCGUCAGAUGGAAGAAAAUAUAAAGUCUUUUCCACCUGUGGAUCUCAUCUCUUAGUUGUUUUCUUGUUCUAUGGGACAGCUUUUGGUGUGUAUAUUAGUUCUGCCAUUACUGUGUCAUCCUGGAAGACUGCAGUGGUUUCAAUGAUGUACACUGUGGUUCCUCAAAUGUGA